AUGAGUGGAUAUGGUGGUGAUGUGUCCGUAAAUGUGAGUGUGACACUCAAUGCAGUGUUUCAGACUGCUCAACUUCAAAAGCUGAUCAAUGACCUGCAGGUCAAAUUGACUGCCGACAUAACGGUUGAAUCAGAAGGAAUUGUUGAAAUAAAACUAUCUGAGAAAGAACAAUAUGAAUUGAGCUGUGAUCUAGAGGACGAAAUGAAAGUGUGCAGCUGGUCAUUGAAGAAUAAAGACAAUAAGGAAAUAGUUGUUGGGGAGGGAGCCGAAACCGAAAUCAGAUGUCCCUCUCCAUGCUACAACACCAUGCUGGUGCUGGAAAAAAAUGCUAGGGCAGGUUGGUACACUUGCCGUUUAACCAGUGACUCAAUUUCACAUAAGGCCUCUGUAAAAUUGAACAUACCAGAGCCCCCUGUUAUCAUCAUGAAAAGUAAACCACAGACUGCAGACUGCACAGAAGGCCUAGAGAGCAUCAAUGUCAGUUGUAAAAUGGCAAAUGAUUUCAACUUUACUUUAUCCUGUCCUGAUAAUGAUGUUAAAACGGGAAAUGCAGAGGAAUCCCUGAUUGUGGACAUCCCCUGUAAAGAUAAACUUGAUUCUCUUAAAUGUACCUGUAAUGUCACCCAUUAUGAUGAAACAUAUUCUCAAAAUCUAGAAGUCCCCGUCUUAAAAUCUGGGGACAGUUUCUGUGUGAGUGAGAAUGGAUGGCCAAAAACAAAGGCAGGUUCGACAGCCACUCAAAGCUGUGGUCCAGAAAGAGUUGGGAAUAAAAGCCGCACAUGUGAUGAAAAUGAAGACUGGGGCAGCGUGUUCAACUACUGUGUUAGGAAGGAUGUAGAUAAUCUGCUCAAAUCAGCAAUGGACAUUGCCAAGGGAUAUGGAAACACCCCUGAGGAAGUUGGCAACAUUUUUUCUGUUAUGACUAAUGUCACCAAUCUUGAAUAUGAAGCAACGCUGGCGGAUGUGGAAGCCUUUAUUAACACUCUGGGUGCAUUGAACACUGCAACGUCCAACAUUGAAGUAAUAGGUGAUUCAGUUAUGACUGAUUUUAUAGAGUCAGCAACCAAUGUUUUGUCUAUGGAUUGGAGUGAUGGCAAUAAAACAUACAAAGAGAAUCUGUCUGCAAACUACCUGCAAUCUGUUGAGGGACUGCUGCAAAACAUCCAAGUGAACCAGAGCUCAGGAUACAGCACCACACUCAUGCAAUUCCAAGUUCGACAAAAAGACAUCAAGUACCCUAGAACCAUCUUUGAUAUCAGUCUGCGGCUGUCCACUUCAGCAAGCCAGGCCAAAAUUUUGGCAAUUAAGAACCUAAGUGAACUGCUACCCAAUCGUUUUCUGGACACCGAGAGCAGUAGUAUAGUGGUGGCCGUUGCUCUACAAAGCAACAAGAGCGAACCCUCAGGCAUCAACCUGGAGUUUCCUCUGAAGAAGAAAAAGCCACGAAACCAUGAGAUAAUCUGCGUGCGGUGGCAGAACAGCAUGUGGGACAAAGAAGGCUGUGAGUGGAAGCCACGGAAUAACUCUCAUGCAACGUGUGACUGCUACCUCAAGGGAGGGGAGACCAUGACUGGGAAGAACUCCAGGGUGAGAAUGUCCCUUUCGACGCUCAUGUCCAAGUCCCCCAUUGAGCUGCCCGGCCUUGAAGAGAUCACCUUAGCUGGGCUCGGUGCCUCAAUCUGUUCUCUAGUCAUCUUCGUAUUUGUGGAGUGUCUCGUAUGGAAGGCUGUCACCAAGACAGACAUUGCAUUUUUCCGUCACACGGCGCUGGUCAACAUAGCCACGUUCCUUCUCCUGGCCAACGUCAGCUUCCUUGUGACCUCCUUGAUACAGGAUCUCACUCAGCAGCACCCAACCAUGUGCCUUGUCUUGGCGUUGGCCAAGCAUUUAUUCUACCUGGUCAUGUUCUUCUGGAUGUUUUCCCUGAGCAUGAUACUUCUCCAUCAGCUGAUGUUCGUAUUCUCUCCUGUGAUGAGAAAGACAUUCUUCUUCGUGUCCAUCUUCACUGGCUACAUCUGCCCCAUGGUGACUGUGUCAGUCACAUACAUGUAUUACCAUCUGACCCAUGAUGGCUCCUACUAUGACCCACACACAUGCUGGCUGAAGUACGACGCGGUGCUUCAAGGCUCGAUCCACGCGUUUCUGUUACCGGUGGGAGUCAUCGUUCUGAUAAACCUGUUCACCAUGGUGAAGGUGAUUGUGACACACCUGAGGCCCCAGGUUUCGGCAGGCACAGUGGAUGAGAGGGAGAUAGCGAAAAGCAUCCUCAAGGUGAUUGCAAUUCUGACCCCUGUCUUUGGCGUGUCUUGGGCCCUGGGAUUUUUAGUGUUCGUGUUGGAUGUCACUGAUGGAAUUUUACCAAAGAUGGUGUCCUAUGCGUUCACCAUCACAACCUCACUGCAGGGGCUCUUCAUUUUGCUGACUGGAAUACUAGGGGAGAUAAAGGUUCAAAAUGAAGUUUCGAAAUGUGUCAGUUGUGUGAAACCAGAGAGAAGUGAGAGCACAAGGAAUUGUACACCAUCCAUCAAGAAGAAUUCAUCCCUGUUCUGACCAGGUUCGGAGGCGUUCCACAGUUGCAAUACAGCAAAGCAGGAGCUGAGUCAGCUUAAUUAGCAAGUUCAGCAGACACACUUUUCAAGUUAAAGAAAUAAUUUCUUUUUAAACUUAAAUUUAAU